CCCACACAGCCAUGAUCCAGGCCGCUCGACGGGGGCUGACCCCACCAGGCUCCCGUCCAGGCCCCGGGGUGACUCCACCUACACCCAGCCGCGCCACCUCUCAGCCGCCAUUUUCCAUUGGUCCGUAACUCUCGCCCCAGGGCGGGACACUUCCAAGAACUUGUUUCCCAUUGGCUUAUGGAAGAAGCUGGGCGGGGAAACCCGCGGCUGCCCGGCUACAACUCCUAUUGGCCAAUGUUCAAGCCAAUUGGUAAAGGGACUCCCAGCUCCCUCGCUCUGAUUGGCUAGACGGAAGAGGCCGCCACUCCCUGGGGCAUGGACUCUCUGGGAUGCAAGAGUAACCGAGCUGCUCCGCUCCGGCCAAGAGGGUUUGGCGGCGGCGACAGGAUUCCCAGGAGCCAUGUUGUCAGAAGUUCUGCUGGUGUCUGCUCCGGGGAAAGUCAUCCUUCAUGGAGAACAUGCUGUGGUCCAUGGCAAGGUAGCACUGGCUGUGGCCUUGAACUUGAGAACAUUCCUCCAGCUUGAACCCCACAGCAAAGGGAAAGUGGGCCUCCACUUACCAAACAUUGGUGUCGAGCGGGUCUGGGAUGUAGCCAAGCUUCAGCUGCUGGACACAAACUUUCUGGGACAAGGCGACGUCACAGCGCCCACCCCAGAACAAGUGGAGAAGCUGAAGGAGGUGGCAUGCUUCCCCGAGGACUGUGCUGUCACUGAGCGCCUGGCUGUGCUGGCCUUCCUUUACUUAUACCUGUCCAUCUGCCGGAAGCAGAGGGCCCUGCCGAGCCUGGACAUCGUGGUGUGGUCACAGCUGCCCGCUGGGGCGGGCCUGGGCUCCAGCGCUGCGUACUCGGUGUGCCUGGCGGCUGCCCUCCUGACAGCCUGUGGGGACAUCCCAAACCCACUGAGGGACGGGGAUGACACCAGCAGGUGGACCGAGCAGGAUCUGGAAUUGAUUAACAAGUGGGCCUUCCAGGGCGAGAGAGUGAUUCACGGGAACCCCUCCGGAGUGGACAAUGCCGUCAGCACCUGGGGAGGAGCCCUCCGAUACCAGCAGGGGAAGAUCUCACCCUUAAAGAGGCCACCGGCUCUCCAGAUCCUGCUGACCAACACCAAGGUCCCUCGCAGCACCAAGGCCCUCGUGGCUGGCGUCAGGACCAGGCUGAUCAAGUUCCCGGAGAUCGUGUCCCCUGUCCUGACCUCCAUAGAUGCCAUCUCCCAGGAGUGCGAGCGCGUGCUGGGAGAGAUGGCGGCGGCCCCCGCGCCGGAGCAGUACCUCGUGCUGGAAGAGCUCAUCGACAUGAAUCAGCACCAUCUGAACGCCCUUGGAGUGGGCCACGCCUCCCUGGACCAGCUCUGCCGGGUGACCAUGGCGCACGGACUGCACAGCAAGCUCACUGGUGCAGGUGGCGGCGGUUGUGGCAUCACACUUCUCAAGCCAGGUCUGGAGCGGCCCGAGGUGGAGGCCACGAAGCAGGCGCUGACGGGCUGUGGGUUCGACUGCUGGGAGACCAGCGUGGGUGCCCCCGGGGUCUCCGUCCACUCUGCCGCCUCCCUGGACGGCCCCGUUCGCCAAGCCCUGCGAGGCCUCUGAGAUGAGCCCAUGGCACUGCUGCCCCACCACGAAGCCCCUUCUGGACCAUUCCGGGGCUGGAUUUGGCCUCCAUGCUGGCCAGCGGGUGCCCAGCUCCUCUGCGAUGCCUUUGCUGUCGCACCUGGCCCCAGUCCCCGCGCCGGGGACUCGAGUCUGCCGGGACUGAGCUGCCAGGGAGGCGCGGUCCGCCUUCCUUGCUCUGGAGCCAGCCAGGCGACGGGGCCCAGUGAGGGCCUCUGAGACUUCAGACCUGAGACACUGGAAGCUUCCCUGCGGCUCCCACAGACCCUUCCGCCCUCCCCUGCAGACUCUCUGGCCCGCCUGGUCGGAUCCCGGGGUCUGUCCUGAAGCAGUGUACCUUCUCUCUCCCUCUGCCUCGACGCUUCCCCGUCUCCCCGGGCCAGGCUACGCCCACCUCCUCCAGGAAGCCCUCCCUGACCCCUGGCAGCACCACCUUGCGCACCUCCGUCCCGUGGCGCCCGCUGUCGGCACUUUCCGCGUCUUUCCUUCUGCCUAGCUGGACGGCCCCAGCGGCUGUCCAGGUGGGGUCUUUGCGUUCUGCCCUCCAGCCCGAGGGGCAGCGGAACGAAGGCAGGGCCAAUGUGCGGUUUCUCCCAAUCUGCACCCCAGGGCUUUGCAGAAAAGACGGCACAGGGGAAUAAAAGGAUCUCGAGUAAACAGUGCUUUACGCCGUGUCUAGAAAGACGGGCCCGGCGGACGCCAGCCCAUCGUGCCUUCCUCCGUCCCUGUGCCCUCUCCAGCCGCUUUCUCCGUGAGCUCGUCAGCGGCUGAAGGAAUGAAUUAAGGGCUUUGGGUCACUGUGUGUGUCUUAGUGACAGGGCUGCUUUCCCAGAUGGCCCCUGCUGUGCAAGGGACCAGGGCACGGCUGCCAGGACCGUGGCACUCGGGCCAGCAGCACAGCUCCAGGCUGCUUUUCCAGAGGGAACUGUUAAGCUUCCUACCUUCCGGAAUCACGAGCACCCACUAGUGCACAGACUUUAGUAAACCGUGACAGAAACCUG